AUGAGGCAGGUCUUCCCAAAAGCAAACUAUCUCAGCAAAAAGAAGCUGCCAGCUCAGCAUUGGUCGCACCACAGCAGAGUCUCGGGAGCAUCAGGAACAUCGGGAGUAUCCGGAGUCUCUGGAGUGUCAGGAACCUCGGGAAGCUCCGGCAGCCUGCUCGGCUCCGGAGGCGCCGGGUCGUCCACAGGCAGCGGGGGACGCGGGCGUUCAUUGGAGCCGCCUGCGGAUCUCACCAUCCCACGGCUGACAGAGGACGAGAUCAAAUGUGUGACUCGCAAUUUCUCCACCGUGCUGGGGGAGGGUGGUUUCGGGAAGGUGUAUAAAGGCGAGAUGCGGCCGUGUGGUGCUAGCCCCAACGGCCCUUGCAGAUGCCCCCAUGAGUCCCGCGAGGGAGGAGGAGGCGCGGGUGAGAGGGAUGCGGAUGGGAGCGGGGGUGGUGAGGGUGAAGGAGGAGGCGGGUCGAAGCCUGGUGCCGGUCGGAUGGUUGAGAGGGACGCUGGUGGUUGCAAGCCAAUUCCUGUUGCAGUGAAGGUUCUUGCGCCGCACAGCUUUCAGGGCGAUUACGAGUUUAUGACGGAACUGGUGACGUUUGGGGCGGUGAGGCACGGCAACAUAGUGGAGCUGCUGGCGUACUCGCCGCACCCCAGCAAGGCGCUCGUUUACGAGUACAUGCCCUACGGGGACGUGCACGCCCUGCUCUCCCGUUGCAAGAAGGGCGAAGCAACGUUCCCGUGGGCGGCGAGGCUGAAGGUGGCACACGAGGUGGCGCAGGCAGUGGCGUUGAUGCACUCGCUGCGCUACAUCCACCGCGACCUCAAGGCCAGCAACGUGCUGCUCACCCAGGAUUUCACGGCCAAGGUACUACCUCUCAGGUACUACGUUCUUCCCCUCACCCCAUCCAUCUCCCACCUUCCCCCCUCGCCCUCCUCCUCACCCCCAACCUCCUUGUUUUCCUCACCCCAUCCCUCCCUCUCCCACCUUCCCUUCCUCUCCUCAUCAGGCCACGUGCAUGCUAAGAGUGACGUGUACGCGUUUGGAGUCUUCCUCGUCGAGCUCCUUACAGGGAAAUCAGUCCUCCAGGACAGCAUUCACGAGGACCUGAUCCCCACGCUGCUGCACCACGACCACCCCGACCUCGCCCUCCUUGUCGACCCCGCCAUCGCCCCCGAGUGCCGCCGCAAGGACGCCCUCGCAGUGGCCUACAUCGCCAAGUACGCGCUGAUUAAGGAGUGGGACGCAAGACCGAGCAUGCAGUCUGUUGCUCAGAAGAUCGGGAACGUGGUCAAAUGGCAGAAGUCCCGUGCUGAAGCUGCUGCUGCGGCGGAGGAGGGGGGAGUGGGGAAAGAGGGUGCGGGGGAAGGAAAAGGGGCAGCUGGGGAAGGGGCGAAAGGAGAGGUUGGAUCUGAGGUGGUGACUGAUGGAGGUGGUCAGGAGACGCGUGGUGCUGCUGAGGCUUCUGGUGCUGAGAAGUCCCGUGCUGAAGCUGCUGCCGCUGCGGAGGAGGGGGGAGUGGGGAAAGGGGCGGCAGUGGGAGGGGAAGCAGGGGGAGGGGGAGCAGGGGGAGGGGAGGGAAAUGGGGUAGUUGUGAAUGCGGCGAAGGGAGGGGUUGGAUCAGAGGAGGUGGAGAGCAAGGAAGGUGGUCCUGGGACAAAUGGUGCUGCUGAGACUCCUGGUGCUACUGCUGUUGCUGAGGUUGGGAGUGUGACUUGA